CUGCUUCUUGAAGGUGGUUAGGUUACAAACAAGGUGCUUGUGAAUGGAGGGCUUUCGGCAGUGGUGGUGGAAAAAAGAGCUUAAAUUUGGUGUAUAAGCUCUUUUCAAACCAAAGGAUCCAUCAUUAUCAGUUGACUUAAGGUACCAACUGUCACUGAUCCACCAUGGCUGCAAAACCAAAAAAGAACAUUCCCAGUGGCCAAGAUAUGAGCAGAUCCCUGUCCUCAUCAAUGUCCACAAUGCUGUCCAUUGAAACACUCACUGAACAACUGAAGCAGACCAAGUCCGACUUAGACAGAGAACGAGGAAACGUGAAACAGCUUCAGCAUGAAAAAAUUGCAGAGGUCAAAGCAGCUCGAGAACAAGAACAGCGCAAAGCAUCCAUAGCUCUUGGUGACCUGAAGACGAAACUGCACCAAGAUAAACUGAAGGAAUUUGAUGCACUGAGGCAGACAUUGAUGAAAAAGUAUGAUCAUGAUAUGGAAAAGGCAGUGAAACUUAAAGAAGUUGAAAUUACCAGACUUGAGAUAGAAAAUGCCAGAAUAAAAGCAAUGUCUGCCUCAGAUUCACCCAUUAAAAGCCAAUUUAAAGAUCAGCUGGAUAGCGAGAGGAACAAACUCCUUCAAGAAAUCUCUGAUCUGAAGCAGAGUAAUAAACAAUUAGAAGAAUCACAUGAGACAAUAUCAGAGGCUGAAAGACAGCGUCACAGUGAUCUGAGAAAAACCAAAGAAGACUGUGAAAUAGAAGUUGCCAAAAUCAAAAGGGAUUUACAGCAAGAGAUCAGAAAAUUGGUUGAAGAACUGAAAACCAAAGACAAGUUGAUCUCUGGGUUGGAGAAAGACCUGGGUCUUCAGACUGGUAACUAUGUACGGCUGCAGUUGGAAAGGAAAUCUGAAAACAGCAGUCCAAGAACACUGAGCACACCACAGCCUAUGGACAGGGAUUCUGAGAUGUCCAGUUCACUUGAUGAAGGAGACAAAUUAAGGAGCAAAAUUGGAGACCUUAACAGCAAGAUCCGUAAGCUGGAAUACAAAAAUGCAGAACUUGUCCAAGAAAAAGCUGAACUGCUACGGAGAAUUCAUGAUCUGGACAAAAAAUGGAAGCCGCUACAGGACAGGAACAAGAAAUUCCUGGAGAAAAACAUGGAACUAUCCUCCAUUAACAGGCAACUUGAAGAAAAAAUUAAGGUCCUCACAGAUGACAAUAACAAACUGAAGAGCCAGAUGAAUGUAAACAAGAGGAGGAGCCUGGCAUUGUCUAAGCAGUUACUGGGGAACACUGGGGCUGGGAAAACUGGUGGGAAAAUGGAAGCCUUAGAGAGCCUGCCUGCCCCUAGUGUGGAGCUGGAGGACCUGAGACAACAAUGCUUGGAGCAUACAAAACAGAUCAAUGCCCUCAAGCAAGCAUGUACUGAAAAGGAUCGCAAAAUAGAAAUCAUAAAACAUGCAAGACAGAGAAGCAAUACAUUGCGAGCACAGAACAAGGCCGCUGGGAUAAAGGAGACCUACUAUGGCUAUGAUGAGGACUCGUGUUCUGUGGACUCUGAAUUUUCGGUGGCUUCCAUUCCCCUUGACCCUCAAAUAGAAGAGGAGUUUUGGGAUGACAUUACUCGUGAGGAGUUUGAGAGAAACUACCAACGCCUGAACAAAGAACACAUGGAGCUGGAGAAGGCUUAUGCCUUGCUACAGAAACAGCAGGGCAGUAGCCAUGUGGACCCCCAGAGGGAACACAAAUUAAGGACCCAGCUUGAAAAUGACCUUUUGGCCUCUCAGUCAAAGAUAGAAGACCUGGAAAAGAUAGUUCAAGGCAGAGGAGGGGACAGCAGCUGGGUCCAUGAAAAACAAAAAAUGAAUGAGGCCAGUUUGCUUCUUAUGCAGAAGAUCAAAGAAGCUGAAGCCAGAAACCAACUAUUGAAACAUGAAUUAAACGAAAGCCAAGAACAAAAUGAAGUGCUGGAGUUUAGGAAUUUAGAGCUUGAAGACAAGAUUGAAAAACUUAUUGAAGAACUGAAGCACUCAACACCCUAUCAUCUCCCCCCUGUCAUUACAGAGGCUGGGGUACUUACAGUACAGCAUGAUUCCAUAGGAGUUAUGGAGGUCAAAGUGGAAGAACUAAGAGAAAAAAUAUCUGAUCUAAAAUAUGACCAGGAUGCAGCUCUGACUCCUGAAGAAAAGCUGGUACUUAUCCAGGUACAGGCUUUGUUGGAUGUUACAGAGAAGAAACUGAACAGCAUGACAGCUGCCCAGGGCACCUUAAGAUCAAGAAUAAAGGAGCUUGAACAAGAAAAGGCUGAUUUGCUGUCCGCUGCCACUGGGGUCUCCCCUGACAUUGUACUGGAGUAUGAAGAGGUCAGAAAUAGCCUCAUGGAGGCAGAGAUGAAAAUUCAACAACUGGAGAAAGAGAAUGAGGACCUGAAGCAAGCUGAAGCCUUGUACAAAUACACAGAUGAUUUCAACCAGAAGUCAGAGGCCAGAUAUAAGCAAGAGAUAGAGAGGCUGAAGAAACAGCUGGCUAGCAUGUUAGAGGGGAAGGCAUUUGAAUCUGAGUACCUGCAGGAGAAGGUAGAGCAGCUGAAGGCAGCAGAACAGAGGAAUCAAGAAGCGAAAAGAGAGCUUGAAGUAUUGAAGCAGAACAACUCGGAGCUUCAGGACCAAUUACUCAACAAGCAGGAGGAACAAUCAGAAGCAGAAUGUGAUAAAGACAUGAACCCUAUGACACAAACAUUGCUGCACAAAAUCUCAGAACUUGAAAAUGCAAGGAGAGAGCUCACUGCACAAAAUGAUGAACUCCAGGUGAAGAUAUCUGGAUUCACAGAAAGGUAUCUGCAAUAUGAGCAAAAUGAGCAAGAACUCACUGAGAAAACAAUUGUAUUGGAGGAGGAGCUGGAGGCUGCAAGGGCUCUUCUUUCUGAAGAUGGACCAACAAACCGUGCCAACAACAAUCAGGGAGACAAGACAGAGCAAGACACAGCGCUGUCACCAUCAGAAACCAAAAAAUUGCAACAAGAGCUCAAGAUACUCAGGGAUUAUGCAAACAGCAGAGAACUAGAGCUUCAGGAACUGCACAAAGAAAAUGCAUCACUGAAGUCUCAGUUGGAAGAGAAUGUGAAACUUCUCAGUACCAAAGAAUAUGACUAUGAUGAGGAGGCAGGCAUGGAAGUUGAACAUGAUGAUGACAUAAGCAUACCUCAAGAGCAAACCAAAGACAACCAGGAGAAUUCUAGUCCUACAAUCACCAAAGCACUUGUUCAAGAUGAACAAGAUGGAAAUUCAGGUAAUAAGAAACAUAGUAAUGGAACAGAUAAAGAGGAGGAAGAAGAUGAAAUAAAACUCCUUCAAAAGAAAAUCAGUGACCUCACCAUCACACAGCUGACCUUGAAAGGUCGUAUUCACGACCUUGAGACAUCAGAGGCCAUUCUGCGUGAUACCAUGGAGAAGAUGGAUAGAGAUGAGGUAGAUCUAAGACAGCAGCUCAGGGAGCUCAGAGACAGUGAACACAAAAACAAAGACAAACUGGCAGAAAGGGAGUUGACUGAGCAGGCACUGGAGGAGAAGGUAAAAGUUCUAGAAUUAGCAGAACAGAAUGCUGUUGAAAAGCAGCAGGCCUUGGAAGAGGUAAAUGCACGUCUGCAGGAAAAACUGGCCCAGUUUGAGGAGCUGGAGAAGGAUGUCACACUUGUAGAGACCCUCAGAGAUACCAUCAAGAAGAAGGAGAAAAGUAUCCGAAAGCUACAGGAUCAGAUUGUGGCCCUGGAGGACAAUAAUGAAAUCCUGAAGGAACAACUGGAACAAAUCACCCAGGGAGACACUGACAAGAUACAUGUCCUUGAGGAUAAAGUUCAGGAAUUGCAGGAACUUAAUGACAGAUUAGUCAGUGGGGACACAGAAGCUCUUCAGACAAGGAGUAUGGUAGAUAGUGCACGAGUUAAAGAACUGGAGGCAAGUAUUCAAGAGCUUGAGACAUCUAAGAAGGCACUACAGGAGCAGUUGCACCAAAUCUGUGAAGAGAAAGAUGAUAAGAUUGAGAAGUUGCAUGAGAGAAUCCAUAUGCAUGAAGAAAAUGAAGCCAAGCUGUCAGAGACCCUUAAUGAAAUGGAAUUCAAGGAAAAGAUGAUGGAGAGUAAACUGUCAAUGUCUUUUGGUGGUGGAGACAGCAGCUUUGUUGUUGCACAAGAGCAGAAGUAUGAUAGACUUGAAAGCUUUGAAUCCGAUAUCUCUGGACAAUUUCAUGAUAUGGAAAACCGGAUACAUGAACUUGAGGAAGAAGAGACAAAGUUAAAAGCAAAAAUUGAUGAAUUAGAAAAAGCCCAAGUAAAAUCAGAAGAAGAAUUGAGACAAAAAGAAAAAGAAAUCUCAGAAUUGGGUAGCAAGGCAGAGGAUGUGGAAAGCAGUUUGCAGUCCAAAAUUGAGUCUUUGACCUCUGAGAUAACCAGUUAUGAGCAACAAGUGCAAAUGCUUAAAGUAGAUAUAGCUACUAAUGAAAAAGAACACAAAGCUGAAAUAGAUAAACUGCACUCUACAAUAGAAUCUCUCAAGAGCAGUGCCAAGUUGACUGAAGAUAAAGAGCUUUCUUCCAAAAUUGAAGAAUCUCUCAUUAUGAAAGAGUCUGUCUUAAAACUGGAUCAAGAAAAAGCAGAACUAUCAGAGAUGGUUACUAAGCUUACUUCUGAGACUGAAAGUUCAAGAGCAAAAGUGCAAGAACUAGAAUCCAAAGAGAAAGAUGUACUUCAUCAACUCCUGCAGUUGGCAAAUUUUUUAGGUUUGCCAUAUGACACCUCUGAUAGCACAUGUUCAAAACUAUGUGGUUCAAUCACACAGGAGGUCAUGACAACCAAAGAGAAACUAAGUGCACUAGAGGAAGAGCAUGAAAAGCUCUCAUCAAAACUAGAAGCAGAGCAAGAAAGAAUGAAAGAACUGGAUUUGGUUGCACAAUCCUCUAAACAUGAAGUCCAGUUGGAGGUAACCAAAGUUAAACAGGAAUGUAGUGAUCUGCAAGAAAAGCUACAUUCUUUAGAACAAACAAAUAUUCAACUCAUAAACAAGUCCAAGGAGUUGGAGACAGAGAAAGAAGCUGCAACCUCACAUUACAAUGAACUUCAGAUGGCAGCAAAACUCUGGGAUUCUGAAAAAGAAAAACUUGUACAGGAUUGUAAGAAGGCAAUCCAGAAAGCUGAUCUUGUGGAAUCUGAGAAAGAAAAACUUCAGGUUCAGAUGGAGGAGAUGGAAAAAGAUGCCCAAACACUACGGAAUAAAGAUGACAGGAGGCUGAAGGAGUUGGAAAAUGAAGAGAAAUCUCUCCUUUCUAAGCUUUCUGCAUUCCAAGACAUUGAGAAUGAUCUGGAAGCUUUUAAGACCAUAUCAAAACAACAAACUCAGGAGCUGGAGAACAAGAACAGAGAACUGACAAAAGCAAAGGGAGAUCUGGAAGAAGAAGUAAAGAAUCUAGAGCUCAGGAACUCUGAUCUUCUGCGGUCUAAUUUGGAAUUGAGAAAAAUGACAGCUGAGCUAGAGGAAAGAAUCUUAGGCUUAGAAAGCUUGAGUGAGACACUGAAUAACAAAACAGCUACAGCACUUUCUAAGGCAACACAAAUGCCAGAAAUUGAAGCUCAAGAGACUGAAAUAGUACAACACAGUUUCACUGCAGAAUCACCACAGUCUCCUCAUUUCAAGAAAGUUGAAACUUUGGAAGAUGAAAUCAGACACUUGCAAGUUCAGAACAACCAACUUCAAGAGGAACUAGCUGAAGUUACUGCCAGAUUGGAACAGGAACAACAAAAACCACAAACCCGGGACUCCAGGAUAAAGACAGCAGAUGAAACUGCUAUAGGAGCCCCUGCAAGCCUACAUAAGAAGGUCCACCAACUGGAAGUGGAAACAUCAGCCAAGUCCGUACAAAUAGAAGAACUAGAGCAACAUUUGACUUCCCUGAGGACAGCUGUGGAGCAAGUGAUCUCUGCAGCAGAUGGGCAGAUGAGUCUGGAAGACAUAAAUAAAUUCUCAACACCAGUAAAGGCAGCUCCUUCUAGUGGAGACUAUGAGGCCAGACUGCAGGAUCUGGUAAGAUCAGAAGCAGACUUGAAACAGAGGCUGGCCCAAAUGGAGAAGAAAGAGAAAACAUAUAGUUCCCCUCAUUUCAGAGCCAGUAUACAAGAAAUGGAGGAAGCAGAUUCAGAGUACAGAAGCCAGAUCACUCAGCUGCAGGAGAAAGUUGCAACUAUGGAGGCUGCUGAAGUCAGACUAAAGAGUAAGUUAAAGCAGACCAGGAAAGAAAUACAGCGUGGGUCUGAAGCUGAGGAGAGUGACGACUUGAGCGCAGAAUUCGGCCAGUCACCAUCAAAGAGGUCAAAAACAUCAGAAAACGCAUCUCUCCUUCGCCAGAUCGACCAACUAAAAGAUCAAAUUCAGGAGCAUAGAUCCAAGGAGGAGGCCUUGAAUGAAAAGCUUGCCAGCCUCCAAGAUGGUGAUGGUGCAGUCAUCACAGAGCUGCAGGACAAAGUCUGGGAGUUAGAAGCGGCCAAUAAAAGUCUUAAACGCAAAAUUCAGCUGUUGGAAGACGAUAGAGAACAAAACCCAGCAAACCUGCACCUGAGCUCUGUCACCAUGUUGGAUACACCAGAAGACAUCUUGAAGCAGAGGAUACAAGAGCUGGAGAAGAUGGACAGGCAUCUCAGGCAGCAGGUGAUGGACUUGGAGCAGGACAGAGAAGAGCUUCAUCAGAUUGCCAGAAAAGAUAAAAGUCUCAUCCAUGAUUUGAAUGUCAGAAUCAGAGAGUUGACUCUGUCAGAGAGAAGCCUUCAGCUUCAAGCUUCACGCUAUGAAGACCAGGAGAAUGACCUGUAUGCUCAGAUAGACCGACUAGAGGACAGGAUCUCUGAUUUGGAAGAUCAACUACAAGAUGCCAGACAUGCAGAGAAGAGAUUGGCAACCAGUUUGAAUGAUUCCCAGUUCAGUUUGGAAGAAUUUGAAAACAAGGCAGACAUUCAGGCUGUCAGAAUAGAAGAACUGCAGGAAGCGGAGUUGAAACUGCUGACCAGAUUGCAGGAGAUGGAGAAGGAGAAGAUUGCGUUACAGAAUAGCCGUGACAGGUUGAACAUAGAAUUGGAGGAGAUGACCAACAGAGAGACAUCACUAUCAAAUAAAAUAAGGACACUUGAAAAUGAUAACAUUGUGUUGGAAGGGAAAGUUGUGCAAUUAGAAUAUGCUGACUCUGCAGCACAAGAUCGUAUAAAAGACCUUGAAAGGCGCAACACUGAUUUAGAGAAUAGGAAUGAGACUGCUUUGAUGAAGGUUCACCAACUUGAGGAGACAAAGGCAAAUUUGAAAUUUGAGGUUUCAGACUUGCAAAUUCAACUUCAAGAAUUUCAGCAAGAGGUGGAGAAGGCAGGAGAUGUUGAAAGUUCCUUGAAGAAACAAAUUGUCACUCUGCAGACGACAUCCAGAAACAUGCAGGAUUCUCUCUCUGACACCAGUGCCAGAGAGAUGGAACUGCUGAACAAACUGCAGGAACAUGAACAGCAUGAGGCUGUACUGAAAGAAAAGAUAGUAGCUCUGGAGUCCAGUGAACUGAAGCUGAAAUAUAAGAUCCAGGAAUUAGGUGCUACAGUGUCCACUGCAGAAAAUAGGGUCACCUCUGCUAAGAACUUGGAGGAGGAGAACCAUUUGUUACACAGGCAAAUAGACGACCAGCAGAGGAAAGUGAGAAACUUGGACCAAGAAAUACAGACAUUAAAUGAAAAAUUGGUGGCCUAUGAGAACCCAGGGAAGUCUAAUGGGUUUGUCAGGGUCCUGGCCAAAGAGCUUUCAGAGCUGAGAGCACAGAAAGCCUGGGUGGAGGAGGCAGAGAAGACUGUAACAAGGCUUGAGAAGUCCGAGGCAAGGUUGAAGGAGACUGUACAGCAGCUGAGGGAAGGAAAGGAUGUGUGUGGCCAUGAGGGAGAACUGAAGGACCUCAAGGAUGAAGUGAACAGGUUGAAAGCUUUAGAAAAGGAGACCAGUUCAUUGCACAGAGUUUUGUUAGCUAAUCGCAAGGCUUAUGACAUGCUUCAGGAUAAUUACAGCAAACUGAGAGAAAAUUUUACAAUAUUAUAUCAAGGUGUCAAGUCAGGAGAUGUUAAACUGGAAAAUAUAACAUUACCACCAGACAUCCAAUCACCAGAUAGUAACUUAACUCCAAGAAGUCAAGCCAUCGUGGACUUUGUAGACCAGCUUCCAUUAGAAGACAUCCCGCUGCUGUCUGCAGUGGCUCCAUCUAUGAGCUCUCCAGCAGGACCAGGAGUCAUUGAAGAAAUGGAGUGGAAACAAAUUGAAAAUACAAACAAGUCUUCCACCUCUAAACUGGCUGAGCUUAGCGACCUGUGGGGCCAUAUUGAGAAGACCACAGCAGUGAGCUCUGCACCCAGUGAAAGUGGCCCAGCCCCUGCAGUGCCUUCCAGUAAACCCCCAGUUAUACCAGGGAAAGCAACACAUGCUGAUGGAAGUGUUAUUGAGGAUUCAUUUUAUCUUCCAAGUACUCAGGUCCCAGAGGGAGAUGUUGACAGUGCAGAUGAAGCUCCCAGUUUGGCUGAGGACAUCCCACUGUCAGGACGAGGAACGCCGCCUUUACCCAAGUCCAAACCUCCCUCACCACCCACCUCUGGUGUGACUGGUUCUGUGUCUACACCAGCCACACCACCUAAAGGUUACAGACCACCAGUACCUCCGAAACCUCCCACUCCCUCCUGGCUGAAGCGUAGGUCCCACAUAGACCAGCUGAACCCUGACGUGAUCCUCCUGGAGAGAGUCCAUGCCAAGGAGAUCAAAGACUGGGAGACUAGAGUGGAGGGGUUGGAGAAGAAACUGAAGAACCAAGAGAGUGAACUGAGUCUGUUCAAGGAUAGUUUGCCUGCAUCUGGUGCCAAAGGUGCUAGUGAUCUGGCCAUGUGGAAGGCCAAGUUGAGAGACAGGGAGAGGCAGCUUGAAGUCAAAGAGAAAAUUGUAAAAGACCAGAGGGAUCAGAUUUUGAAACUGGAAAAAGAACUUGCUGAAAAGAGAAGAGAACUGACCUUUGCCCAAGAAGAAAUUUCUCGCCUGGACAGACUUGUUCGGUCAAAGAACCUAGUUGGUCCAGACAGCCCCCUGCCCAGUCUAAACAGGAUGCAGAGGGAGCGGCUAGCAGACACAGGAAGGACAUCAGAGAAGAACAUGCUGGACUGGCUGGAGACAAGCAGGGAGGAACACCAACUCAAGAAAGAGCUGCAGAACAAAGAGCAGGAGCUUUUCUCAAAGAAUAUUGAAAUAGACCAACUGAAUAAGAAACUCAAAGACAAAAAAGAAAAGGUUGAGCGUCUCGAGGCUGAGAUGAAGCAGCACAAGACACCAGAAAAGUCUGGUCUGAAGUCUCGGGAAGCCUCGCCUCCAGAUGGGUCAUUGUCUGCUAAGAUUAGUCCCAGUAGAACGGAAGAAGAUGGGCAGAGUGUAACUGCACAAGCUCAGUUAGAAGCAGAACAAAAAGAACUGAGAAUACGACUCAAUAACACUUUAGAGGAGUUAAGAGAUAAGAAAGAAGAGCUAUCCAAAGCCAACAAUACCAUGACACCUUUGAGAGCCAAAGUUACAAGAUUGGCCAAAAAAUGCAAGCAGAAGGACAACCUUCUGCAUCGAGCUGCUAAAGACAUGAGUAAUUGUGGAAUGCAUGGCCGCCUUGUUUCCAAGAUAGAGCAUGAGCUGGAAACUUCAAGUAAUAGCAGUGACAGACGUUCUUCAGAGAAGUUUUCAAGCUGCAGCUCCAGUCCACCAAAAAAGGCAAAGAAGUCCAACACCAAGAGUGAUAGCCAUGAACACCAGACAACAGAUGACCAGACUGAGAUGGACAGUAUGAUGUGGUCACUGGAUGACCAUUCUGACCACUCAGAAGAAACAUCAGUGGCCACAGCUAGUGACUUUGAUGACCUACCUUACACCACGAGAGUGAAAUCAAAACACGGCCAGUUGAAUAAUGAAAGAAUGAAAAGACAUCCAACAGAACCACGCCAGAAGACAUCAGAGAAAAAGAGAAAAUCGAAACAUAGCAAGCAAAAGCCACAUGGAGGUGAAGACACAGAUUUGUUUAGAGCAAUUUCUGACUACAGACCUGAACUUUUUUCACAAAGCAGGCAUCCAAAUUUGGAAUUACCACUUAAAGAAGGGGAGUUAGUGCAGGUGCUAGGCCCACCAGACCAGGAUGGUUAUUAUGAGACAAGGCUUGGAGGGCGUGUUGGGCUGGUCCCUGCUUCCUAUCUCCAACCAGUCUAUACAGAGAGAACUGUGGAUGACAGCAGGAGAGAGAGGAGCAGGCCAGGGGAACUGGCAUUGCCGUCUCACCUUGACACAAGUCCUGAGCAGAUCCUGGGGAUGCACAGUGCCUUAGAACAAGCCUUCCACCCAGGACCCUACCCCAUUGGCCACGGGUUUGAGACAGGAGACAACAUGGUGGAGCAGCAACUGCCAGUCAACCUGGCUCUGUCACUGAGCCAAAGCUUACAGUUGCCUCCCCCUUCCAUCAUGAACCAAAACAUGUCUCCUUUCAACCAGUUACAACCACAACAACAGCAGACUACCAAUGGGCAGUCAUCUUUGGGGAAUUAUUUGCAAACAGUGCCAUCAAAUGAUUUAGUUUCUCCAAAUGGUGCAAGCCUGAGAAAUGGACUGGGCCCUGUGGAUCAGCAGCAGGCUUACAGUGGUCUUUCUGGUUCAAACUUUCCAUCGAAUUCAAACAACGCUGAUAGAAGAUCUAAUAACUCUUACCACCCAACCACUAGAUCUAGAGUCAGCCAGAGGACUGCAGGUAAUCCUGAUCCUCCCAGUCAGUUCUCUAUGGAACAAAUUCUCAGUGACCUCAGUGUUCUGCUGAGCUGGCAGCCUCCUGAGAUGGAUGAGUUUGGAAGAAACAAUGACUCCAUAGUCAAAGGAUACAAGAUUCUUGUCAAUGGUCGUGAGGCAGAGGUGGUCAGGAGUCCACAUCAGUGCAAGGUGCUUAUAGAGAACCAGAACUUGCGCCGACCAGUGCAGUUCAGCAUACAAACUCUGGCAGAGAAUGGACGCAUGUCUGCCACCACUGAUCUCAUGCUUGGGGAGUUUCCUCGUGCAGCAUCUCGUAAUAGUAUGCCGCCACACUCAGCCACUGAGGAGGAUGGGGACGUGGAUGAUGACGAUGAUGUAGCCUCGUUUGUGUCUAAUGAUGAUCAUUACAGGAAAGGAGAGAGAAGAAUUUUUGUAGCUGUAUAUGACUACAUACCUUCUCGGCAGUCCCCAAACAAAGUCUCUGCAUAUGAAUUGGUCAUUAAGGCAGGGGAUGUUAUUACAACAUUUGGUCUCCAAAGAGCCGAUGGUUUCUUCUUUGCUGAGGUAAAUGGCAGGAGAGGUUUAGUACCUGCAAGCUUCAUUGAGGAAUUUAGCGCAAUUCAAAAAUCAAAUUCUAAUUUGGUCAGCAGGAAAGCUGGUAAAUUGUCCAGUCACAAAAACAGUGAGCAUUCUUCUUCUGAGCAGAGUAACGUGUCUACAGGAAGUAGGUCUAAGGGACAACCAAAGAGGAUGGAGAAAUACAAGGAUACACGGUUGUAGAGUGUAUCCUUGUAUUAAAAAUGAUAUCAGACAAGAGAGGUGCAAAACUGAGACUAUAAAGACUAUGACAAAGCAUCAGGGAGUGAUUUGUCAGUUUCAAUGAGAUGUCUUGUACAUUCAUGGAUCAGUCAUUGAACUUCAUUUUCGCAGUGUUGAUUUAGCAGAAAAUAUGAUAUACAUAUAUACCUUAAUGAGACUACCUAGAUUUUGCUCAAAUUUGCACAAGGUGAAAUGUUCCCAAUGUCAGGUUGACAACACUUAAUGAAAUGAGAUGUGGAUUAUCCAUUCUCAUUUUUUAUAUAAUGGCAGAUCUUAUUUU